UCAAGGUCAAGGGCUAAUCCAACUUCCGGUUACACUGUCGCUCUUUGCGCAUGUUCUGCCGAACCACUUCCUUUUUAAUAAAAUAGAACGUGUAAACACGUAGAAAUUUAAUUUCUUGUGUUUCGUUUCUCCUCCUCAAAAUGCCUUUUGUUAAAGUACAGAAAAACAAGGCUUACUUCAAGAGAUAUCAAGUCAAAUUUAGGAGGAGGAGAGAGGGAAAGACUGACUACUAUGCUAGAAGACGAUUAAUCUUCCAAGAAAAAUGUAAAUAUAACACACCUAAAUAUCGUAUGAUAGUCAGAUUCUCUAAUAAAGACAUCACAUGCCAGAUUGCCUAUGCUAAAAUUGUAGGCGAUGUUGUUAUCUGCAGUGCAUAUGCUCAUGAGUUGCCCAGAUAUGGAGUUAAAGUUGGUUUAACGAACUAUGCUGCUGCAUACUGUACAGGACUUUUGUUGGCCAGAAGAUUGUUACAAAAAUUUAAACUUGAUGGUAUUUACAAAGGACAAGAAGCACCAGAUGGUGAAUCCUAUCAUGUUGAAAAGGUUCCAGACAAGCCUGGUGCUUUCCGUGCAAUUUUAGAUAUCGGUUUAUCAAGAAGUUCUACUGGUGCUAAAGUUUUUGGUGUAAUGAAAGGAUCUGCUGAUGGAGGUCUGGAUAUACCACACAGUAACAAGAGAUUCAUCGGUUACGAUAAAGAAGCCAAAAAAUACGAUGCUGGUGUUCACCGAGAUCAUAUUUUUGCCAAGCAUGUUGGUGAUUACAUGACGUACCUAGAAGAAGAGGAUGAAGAAUUAUUUAAAAAACAUUUCAGUCGAUUCAUUAAACUUGGUAUUACACCCGAUAAUAUGGAAGCAAUGUAUCAGAAAUGUCAUGCGGCUAUCAGAGCUGAUCCAAGCCCAUCAAAACAACCUGUGAAAAAAGAAUUCCCCAAAAAGAGAUGGAACAAGGCAAAGACGCCAAAGGCUCAACGUGUUGCAAUGAUCAAGCAAAAGAAGGCUGGUUUUGUCAGGAAAGUGGCCGACGAGAAAGCUAGCAGAGAUUAAACUGAAUUGGUUUACAAACUUUCUAGUGGUUAAUAAAAGUUUUGUCAGGACAGAA